AAUGCAUUUAGCAAACUGUGCUCUGCUUAUUAUAAACAAAAAAUUUAUCCUGUUUUAGAGUGCUUUUGCGGUGUAACUGUUUGAUCAUUUCAUACCAAUUAUUCUUAAGACAAGCUUUCAAAUACAAACACUUCAGUCAGUCUAAGAAGAUAAUCCAAAUUUAGACUGAAAAAGUGUCAAAUUCAUUUCAAGUCGAAUUCGUGCCUUUUAUAUACCUAUUCAAUUUCUCAAUCAAUCAUUUACAGUAACACACUAAUUAAAACAGCCAAAUCCGGAAAUUUAUUAUGUUAAAUUCAUUCUUAAAAAAUAUUUUCAGAAUAUAAAAACGUUUCAAGUUUAGUGAUGAAAAUUCCAAUUACGUGUUUUCAAGCUCCACCUCUCAAUCAUCAAUUUAAAUUGAGGCAUUCACAAAUACACAUGUCUUGUGGUAAUACUCAUUCACUUACGCUGGCUUCAAAAUACACCGUUCCAACCUGAAAUUUAUUAUCUACAUUUUUCACAAUUUUCUCUUUUUUGGAAAAUUUAUCCGGUCAAAGUGAUAAGAGCAUCCAGUUUAUCAAUUCGGAUCAGGUGUAUUCAUUUGUAUUUUAUUCUGUAUGCGACCAAUUUCAGGUCAAAAAAUCAAUUCGUAUAUCCCAUUAACAAAUAUAAAGUUCUAUUUUUAUAAUAAAAAGUACGCACCAUUAAAAACAUCACAAAAAUCAGGAAUACUUCAUCAUGAUUCAUUUUGAUGGCCAACUGUUUCAAAAUUGGUUGCAGUUUAUUUGAAAAAUAGACUUCGCUCACCUCUUCUAAAAACGUUCAAAAUAAAAAUAGUUCGACUGUUGACGCCUAGAGAUAUUUUGACAGAUUAUUUCAUAGUAUUACUUUUAUUAUUGAUUCACUAAAAGGUUUCUUUUUACCUUGUUUUUCCCAAAUCAAAUUAAAAUCAGUGUUGUUUCGGUUUAUGAAGAGAAAUAUGAUUUCAAAACGUAUCACUUCUAAUUAUUUACCAAUUAUUUAUCACUUCCUUAAAUUGAUCUUUACUUGCAGCUAAUUAUGCCAUUUAAAACAAAUUGUAGUUAGCUAAUUUAUUCUUCAAAGCUAAAAAAAAAUUACAAAGUGCUAUAAAAAGAAACAGUUUUUCAAAAAAAUUGGAAAAAAAGACACAACCCAAAAAGCAGUUAGAUAAUCUAGUGAAGCUAAUUUUCAAAAAAAGACCAAUUGUUUUAUCGGAAAGAAAGAAAUGGGGUGGAAGAAAGUGGAGGUGGGGCUGAAGAGUGCCCCCCUGCAGAGGGGGGUGUACUUUGUGGGCAUAUCAUGUGGGGGAGGAAGAGUGAGGGUGCUGUACAUUGGCUCCACCCACACACAGAGUAACCUCAGGGCCACAUUCCAACAGCUGUUCAGUAUCGGAGGUCAAACCCAAAUUGACCCCUGGGACACGGAGUUGCGCUCCUUCCUGAUUGGUACAUCCCGAAAACACCUCCUCAUAGACUGGGUGCCACUCAAGUUCCCCCAGGAUGUGGUGGGGGACUACGUGUUGGACACUGUGAAGAUGACAGGUUUACUGCCCAGAUUCAAUCCAAAGAGCGAAUUCAGUUGGGCUAAAAAGGACCACCCCUUCCUGCAAUAUUGAACACUACUCAAUUUUUAAACUAACUAUUAAAAAGUAUCUUUCAAAUACUAGCAAUUCAUU